AUGGCCUUCGACACCCUCAGACUCAUCCUCCUAGCAAUCAAGUUCAUCACCCCAUACGCCCUCUCCGCCCUCCUCGAUCAACUCCGCAUCGUCAUUCACAAGCACACCUACAACCCCGUCGACUCGCCCAAGAACAUCAUCGUCGUAGGCGGAUCGUUCGCGGGGAUUCAGGUCGCGCAGAGAUUGGCGAAUAGCGUACCGACGGGUUAUAGAGUUGUUCUGAUCGAGAGGAACUCGCAUUUUAACUAUACUUUCAAUUUUCCCAGGUAUACCGUUUUGCAGGGGCAUGAGCGGCUCGCUUUCAUCCCGUACGACCAUAUCGCGAAGAGCCUGCCGGUGGGUAGUCUCGGACAUGUACGUGGAUCGGUUGCGGAUGUUAAGAGCGAUGUGGUACUUCUGCAGUCUGGGGAACAGAUCCCGUACGACUUCCUGGUGAUGGCGACGGGGUGUAGUCAGAGUCCUCCGGCAAAGUUGAGCGCCACUGAUCGUGGAGAGGCUUGUCAGGAGCUGCGAGCGUACCAGCAAGCUAUCGAGGCCGCUGGGCGAGUUGCUGUCGUUGGAGGCGGUGCUGUUGGUGUCGAGCUGGUGGCGGACGUUAAGAGUUAUUAUCCUGAUAAGCAGGUGACGCUGAUCCAUUCUCGAAAUCAGCUUCUUCCGAGGUUUGGGCCGAGAUUGCAUACGCAUGUCUUGGGUAGUUUGGAGAAGCUUGGGGUGGAGGUUCUGCUUGAUGAGAGGCCCGAGAUGCGACAUGGCCAGACCGAGAAUGGAGAAAAGGGGUCGACGUCGCUCACCCUGAGAGAUGGCUCCGUCGUCGACUAUGAUAUCGUAAUCCCCUGCACCCGCCAAACACCACACUCCAGCAUCCUCUCAACCCUCACCCCAGACGCCAUCUGCACGUCCACAAGCCGGAUCUUAGUCCACCCAACCCUGCAGGUCUCCACUAAACAGAAGACUGCGACAAACAUCUUCGCCCUCGGCGACGUAGCAGAAACAGGAGGACCCAAGAUGGCCCGGGCGGCGUUCUUCCAAGCCUCCGUCGUGCAGAAGAACAUCCUGUCGAGGAUCCGAGGGAGGAAACCAUCGGCAGUCUACAAACCACAGCCUACGAUCGAGGGCUCGCUGAAGUUGACGAUUGGGAAGACGGAGGUGGUGACAUACUGCCAGCCUGAGAAGGGCGCCGAGAUCCUGCUGACGAACAACAAGGGUAGAGAUGACUUGGAAGUCGAGAGGGCGUGGAGGUUCUACGGCGCCGAUAUUCGCGAUGUGAAGUCUCAUUGA